AUGCCUCGCCGGUUUAGCAACAACUCCUCCAACGACACCACUACCAACUCACCUUCCUCGGGAAAGGGCGGUAUCGCUAUCAAGGCGCCUUCGGUCAAGUCCAAUCGCCUGGCCCAGCUCUUCUCCUCCUCGCCCAAAUCCAAGGCCGAUUCCCAACCAACACUGGCGGCGUCUCAGUCGACUGGUGGGAACAACCCUAACAACUCCCCUCCGCCGAUUAGCUCGGCAUCACUGUCCUUACCGACGAUCUCUCUGUCGACUGCCACUGCGGACAACCCUGCUAUGGACGAAAUGCCGACCACACUCUUUCAGCCCCCGACUCCUGAGGAGGCCCGCCGGCAGGCCAAGGCCCAUGCUCAAUUCGGUGUCAUCGGUCAUCCCAGCCAUCGGUACUCCAGUCGCCACCCUGGCGGUGUCUUCCCGGAGCCGGUGAUGGAUGAGCCUCCGUAUUAUUACUUGCUCACCACCUACAUCAGCUAUCUAAUCCUAAUUGCUUUUGGUCAUGUCCGUGAUUUCUUCGGCAAGCGCUUCCGCGAAGAGAAUUACCGUCACUUGAAACCCCGCAACGGCUACGGUGCCCUGAACAGCGAUUUCGACAAUUUCUACGUGCGUCGUCUGAAACUGCGCAUCAACGACUGUUUCGAGCGCCCCGUCACCGGCGUUCCUGGCCGCACCAUCACUCUGAUUGACCGGGGGACCAAUGAUCACAACCACCACUUCUACCUGACCGGCACCACCACCGACACUCUGAACCUGAGCUCCUACAACUACCUCGGAUUCGCCCAGUCCGAGGGACCCUGUGCGGACAUUGCGGAGGAUACCGUUCGGAAGUACGGAAUUGCCACUCCUAGCACUCGUGCUGAGGCUGGUACCCAAGAUCUCCACGUCGAGGUCGAGGAUCUGAUUGCUCGUUUUGUUGGCAAGGAAGCAUCAAUGGUCUUCUCCAUGGGUUUCGGUACCAACGCCACUGUUUUCCCCGCUCUGGUUGGCAAAGGUGAUCUUCUGAUCUCUGAUGAAUUGAACCAUGCCUCCAUCCGCUUCGGUGCUCGUCUCUCUGGUGCCUCGAUUGCCAUGUUCAAGCACAACGACAUGAAGGAUUUAGAAUUGAAGCUUCGUGAGGCCAUCUCUCAAGGCCAGCCCCGUACUCACCGCCCCUGGAAAAAGAUCCUGGUGGUUGUUGAAGGUCUUUACUCUAUGGAGGGAUCCAUGUGCAACCUUCCCGGUCUCGUUGCCCUGAAGCAUCGCUACAAGUUCAACCUGUUCGUCGAUGAGGCUCACUCUAUUGGUGCUGUCGGCCCUGCGGGCCGUGGUGUUUGCGAUUACUUCAGCAUUGACACUGCCGAGGUUGAUGUUCUGAUGGGUACUCUGACCAAGUCAUUCGGUGCCAACGGUGGAUACAUUGCCGCAGACAAGGUUAUGAUUGACAAGCUCCGGGCUACCAACCCCGGUAUCUUCUAUGGCGAGGCUCCCGCCCCCGCGGUCCUCAUGCAGAUCUCUUCCGCUCUCCGUAUCAUCAACGGUGAACUCGUUCCUGGUCAGGGCGAGGAGCGUCUGCAGCGAUUGGCCUUCAACUCUCGAUACCUCCGUCUCGGAUUGAAGCGUCUCGGCUUUAUAGUAUACGGUCAUGAUGAUUCACCAAUCAUCCCUGUCCUCCUGUUCAACCCAGCUAAGAUGCCCGCCUUCUCACACGAGAUGUUGCGGCGCAAGAUCUCAGUCGUAGUUGUCGGCUAUCCGGCUACUCCUCUGGUCUCUUCCCGUGCUCGUUUCUGUGUCUCGGCAGCUCACACCAAGGACGAUCUCGACCGUGUCCUGACUGCCUGUGAUGAGAUUGGCAAUGUCCUGCAAUUGAAGUUCUCUACCGGUAUUGCUGGUGGUGCGCUGCCCCCCGUCGAGGAGAUGGCUCCCCCACCAGAGAUGGAGAAGGAGUGGCACCGCAAGCGCAGUGCUACUCCCACUCCUCCCCGGUGGCGCAUUGAGGACGUCAUCCGUCGUGGAGUCCAGGACGUCAAGUCGCCAUUGUAUUAG